UUCCACUGUAAGCUUUUUCAAGACAAAACCCCCCAUUUUAAAACCCUCAUUUUCUCAAACCCCCAUUUCCCUCCCACCAUUAUUAUUAUUAUCAAAAAAUGGCAUCAUCAUCAUCUUCAAAUAAACUAAAAGUCGAGGAACUUAGAGACCAACUCUCAAAAAGAGGCCUUAGCACCACCGGUACCAAACCCUUUUUGGUGAAAAGAUUGGAUUCUGCUAUUAGAAAAGAGUGUAAUAAUGAUGAUAAGUUAGGAAAAAGAAAGAGGGAAGAGUCUCAAGAUGGGGAUUUUGAAAGUGGGUCUGUGAAAGUUAGGGCUGUUGAUGAGUUGAAGAAGCUUAGUGUUAAGCAAUUGCGAGAAGAAGCGGUUGUUUGUGGGGUUUCGAGUGGUGGGUCAAAGAAAGAAUUGCUAGGAAGGUUGUGUAAUGAGCCUGAAACGAACGCUAAGGAUAUUGUUGAAGAGAUUAAAAAUGAAGAUAAUACAAAUGAGAAGAAGGAGAAGAUAGUUACAGCUACAAAGAAAGGUUCGGCCGUAUUGGAUCAAUAUAUACCGGAUCAUAUCAAGUCUCAGUACCAUGUACUGCAACAGGGUCAUGAUAUAUAUGAUGCCACAUUGAACCAGACGAAUGUUGGGGAGAACAAUAACAAGUUUUAUAUCAUACAAGCACUAGAAUCUGAUGAUGUUUCAACAUAUAUGGUUUACAAUAGAUGGGGUAGGGUUGGAAUUAAGGGUCAAGAUAAGUUGCAUGGUCCCUACACUAGCCUACAGUCUGCGAUAGAUGAGUUUGAACAAAAGUUCUAUGCCAAGACCAAGAACCAUUGGUCGGAUCGUAAACAGUUUGUUUCGCAACCUAAGUUAUAUACUUGGUUGGAAAUGGACUACAACGAAGCAGGGAAAGAAACUGUUGUUCAGGAAAUGCCCAGCAGUAAACUUGAAAUUCAGCCUCGAGAAACAAAACUGGAGGCUCGUGUUGCAAAGUUCAUUUCUCUCAUUUGCAAUGUCAGUAUGAUGAAACAGCAAAUGAUGGAAAUAGGUUACAAUGCUGAAAAGUUACCACUUGGAAAACUUAGCAAAGCUACGAUUUUAAAGGGCUAUGAGGUUUUAAAGAGAGUUGCUGAUGUGAUCGGUCAACAUGAUAGUAAAAAGCUUGAGCAAUUAAGUGGAGAAUUUUACACUGUUAUUCCCCAUGAUUUUGGUUUCAAAAAGAUGCGCGAGUUUGUCAUUGAUACCCCUCAAAAGUUAAAGCGAAAGCUGGAAAUGGUUGAGGCUCUUGGUGAAAUUGAGGUUGCGACAAAGUUGCUUGGGGACAAUGGUGGGACACAGGAAGACCCAUUGCUUUCACGAUAUGAAAGCCUCCGUUGUGAACUGACACCAGUAGAAGUUGAUUCCAAAGAAUUUCACAUGGUUACAAAGUACAUGAAGAAUACUCAUGCAAAAACACAUUUGGAUUAUAGUGUUGACAUCGUUCAGAUUUUCAGAACCUCAAGGCAUGGAGAAGGUGAUCGUUUCACCAAGUUCUCUAGUAUGAAAAAUAGGAUGCUUUUAUGGCAUGGUUCUCGGCUUUCAAAUUGGACUGGGAUCUUGUCACAAGGUUUGCGGAUUGCUCCUCCAGAAGCACCUGUUACAGGUUAUAUGUUUGGGAAAGGUGUUUAUUUUGCUGACAUGUUCUCAAAAAGUGCGAACUAUUGUUGUGCAUCUCGACAAGCCUCUGCUGGUGUUCUGCUUUUGUGUGAGGUUGCGCUUGGUGACAUGGCUGAGUUACUAACUGCUGACUAUAAUGCCGACAAGUUGCCACCAGGGAAGCUAAGCACCAAAGGAGUUGGGGCUACUGCCCCAGAUAUGUCACAGAGUGAGACUCUUGAAGAUGGCGUUGUUGUUCCAUUAGGACAGCCCAAAAAGCAACUGAAUAAAAAGGCUAGUUUACUAUACAACGAGUAUAUUGCCUACAAUGUUGAUCAGAUCAGGAUGCGCUAUGUUGUACAUGUUAAUUUCAGUUUCAAGUACUAACCAUGAUCAGAAUACAGAGUUUAUAGCUUUGUACCUUCUUUUCUAGUUUAGUUUUUGCUGUUCUGGUUGUUGAGGGGUUACCUUCACCAUGAAAAGCCCUCAUUUUUGAGAAUACCCGUGAUUGUGAACAGCAUGAACGACGGCUAAAUUAUUGUGGGAUACAAAGUUACGAGUAAUCGAGUAUUAAUUAGUUUUUGUGUAAAUUAUGUUAACAACCAUUAUGUUUAGCCUCAUAUAUGUUGGUUAUAUUUGUCA